CCUCCUCCUCCCCGCGCCCCGGCCCCUCCUCCGGGCUCUGGCGGUGCCGGUGCCGCCGGCGGGGCCGAGUGUCCGGAGCGCCGGGGUUAUGCCCGGCCGCAGGCGCGGCGCAGGGCCAGGGGCAGCCCGCGGCAGGGGCUCGCAGGUGUCCGGCAGGAGCAGGGGCCGGUGAUCCCAGCAGCACCCCCGCCCCCGGGAAGGGGAGAGCGGGCGCUCCGCGGCCGGGGAGGAGGAGGAGGAAGAUGAUGAUUAUGAUGCUGCUGCUGAGGAUGCUGAGGAUGCGGCGGGCCGGAGCGGAGCGGGGGUGCCCGGGCAGCGCCUGGGUGUGCUGCUGGCUGCUGGGCUGGCAGGCGGCCGCCCUGCAGCUGCCGCCCUGCGAAGAGACAGAUUACCACUUCGAGUACACGGAGUGCGACAGCAGUGGCUCCAGGUGGAGGGUGGCUGUCCCGAACCCGUCAGUGGAGUGCUCUGGACUACCUGACCCCGUGAGAGGGAAGGAAUGCACUUUCUCCUGUGCCUCUGGUGAGUACCUGGAGAUGAAGAACCAGGUGUGCAGCAAAUGUGCAGAGGGGACCUACUCCCUGGGCAGCGGGAUCAAGUUUGACGAGUGGGAUGAGCUGCCAGCAGGAUUCUCCAACGUGGCGACUUUCAUGGACACGGCGCUGGGCUCAUCCGAGGGUAAAGCCGACAGCUGCAACAACUCUUCAUGGACGCCUCGAGGGAAUUACAUAGAGUCAAACAGGGAUGACUGUACAGUUUCUCUCAUCUAUGCUGUGCACCUGAAGAAAUCCGGCUCUGUCUUCUUUGAAUACCAGUAUAUUGACAACAACAUCUUCUUUGAAUUUUUUAUACAAAACGACCAGUGCAAAGAAAUGGAGUCCACAGCAGACAAAUGGGUGAAGCUCACAGACAAUGGGGAAUGGGGCUCUCAUUCUGUAACUCUAAAAUCAGGUAGCAAUAUAUUGUACUGGAGAACAACAGGGAUUCUCAUGGGCUCCAAAGUUGUAAAACCAGUUUUAGUGAAGAACAUCACAAUUGAAGGAGUUGCGUACACGUCUGAAUGCUUCGCGUGCAAGCCCGGUACCUUCAGCGACAAACCAGGUGCAUCUGGCUGCCAGGUGUGCCCACGAGACACUUAUUCUGAGAAAGGGGCUAAAGAGUGCACCAAGUGUGAAGAAGAAAUGUAUUAUGCAGAGGAGGGAUCCAGUGCAUGCAUAGAGCGACCUCCAUGCACAAGCAAAGACUUUUUCCAGAUACAUACCCCAUGUGAUAAGGAGGGAAAAACUCAGAUCAUGUACAAGUGGAUUGAACCCAAGAUCUGCAGAGAGGAUCUCCCUGAUGCAUUGACCCUACCUCCUUCUGGAGAGAGGCAGGACUGUCCACCCUGCAAUCCUGGCUUUUACAACAAUGCCUCAUCUUCCUGUACUCCCUGCCCACCAGGCACAUUUUCGGAUGGGACACAGGAGUGCAAAGCCUGCCCUGCUGGGACUGAACCAGCUCUUGGGUUUGAGUACAAGUGGUGGAACAUCCUGCCAGGAAACAUGAAGACAUCUUGCUUUAAUGUUGGCAACUCCAAGUGUGAUGGGAUGAAUGGUUGGGAGGUGGCUGGUGAUCACAUCCAGAGUGGGGCAGGAGGCUCUGACAAUGACUAUCUUAUCUUGAGCCUGCACAUACCAGGAUUUAAACCUCCAACAUCAGUGACGGGAGCAACUGGGUCAGAACUGGGACGGAUUACUUUUAUUUUUGAGACCAUCUGUUCAGCAGAUUGUGUGCUGUACUUUAUGGCAGAUGUUAAUCGAAAAAAUACCAAUGUGGUGGAAUCAUGGGAAAAAAGUAAAGAAAGACAAUCCUACACUCACAUCAUCUCCAAAAAUGCUUCCUUCACAUUCACCUGGGCCUUUCAGAGAAUAAAUGAGGGCCAAGAUAGCAGGCAGUUCAUCAAUGACAUGGCCAAGAUCUACUCCAUCACGGUGACCAACGCAGUGGAUGGCGUGGCCUCUUCUUGCCGGGCCUGUGCCCUGGGCUCCCAGCAGUCGGGCUCGUCCUGCGUGCCCUGUCCUCCAGGACACUACAUCGAGAAGGAGAGCAGCCAGUGCAAGGAGUGUCCGGCCAACACCUUCCUGUCCAUCCACCAGGUGUACGGCACGGAGGCCUGCAUCCCAUGCGGGCCUGGCAGCAAGAGCACCAAGGACCACUCUGCCUGCUUCAGUGAUUGCCUGGUGUCCUAUGUCAAGGAUAACCAGAGCCUGAAUUACAAUUUUAGCAACCUCAGCCAGGUGGGCUCGUUGAUGAGUGGACCUAGCUUCACUUCCCGAGGGACCAAGUUCUUCCACUUCUUUAACAUCAGCCUGUGUGGGAACGAGGGGAAGAAGAUGGCAAUUUGCACUGACAACAUCACAGAUGUUACUCUGAAGGACAUGGUUGCAGAAUCAGAAGAUUUUUCCAAUUUUGUGGGAGCUUUUGUCUGCCAGUCCACCAUCAUCCCAUCAGACAGCAAGGGCUUCCGAACAGCCCUGGCUCUGCAGUCCAACAGCCUUGCUGACAGGUUCUUAGGAGCUACUGUUGAAACAGUGCUGGAAAAUAUCAGCACCAAGGCAGAUGUGUUUCCUUCCUCUCCAACCAAAAUACCAGAUGUGCAUUUCUUUUACAAGUCUUCAACAGUGACAACCUCCUGUGAGAAUGGCCGUGCAACUGUUGUGACAAUGAGAUGCAACCCCAACAAACCAGGCCAAGGAGAGCUUUCUGUGCCCAGCUCCUGCCCUGCGGGCACCUGUGAUGGAUGCACUUUCUACUUCCUAUGGGAAAGUGCAGAAGCUUGUCCUCUCUGCACAGAGCAAGACUACCAUGAGAUUGAGGGAGCCUGCAAAAAAGGAUUCCAGGAAACCUUAUAUGUAUGGAAUGAGCCAAAGCAUUGUAUUAAAGGAGUUUCCUUGCCAGAAAAAAGGACCAGCACUUGUGAAACAGUGGAUUUUUGGCUCAAAGUUGGAGCUGGUGUUGGUGCUUUCACAGCUGUUCUGCUCAUAGCCUUGACUUGCUACUUUUGGAAGAAGAACCAGAAGCUGGAGUAUAAAUAUUCCAAAUUAGUGAUGACAACGAACUCAAAAGAGUGUGAACUGCCAGCUGCUGACAGCUGUGCUAUAAUGGAAGGAGAAGAUAAUGAAGAAGAAAUAGUAUAUUCAAAUAAGCAGUCACUGCUGGGGAAGCUCAAAUCCUUGGCAACAAAGGAAAAGGAAGAUAAUUUUGAAUCUGUUCAGCUGAAAUCUUCAAGAUCCCAGAAUAUAUGAAGAAUUAAUGCUGCCUUCAAAGGAACAAACCUAAUUUCUAUUUUUACAGGACUAUAUUUUAAACAUAUUCUGGCACACAUUAUAGUGGUGAUCUUGGUGAGAAAUGCUUGGCCUUUUAGGAAGAAAGAAGACAGAAAGCAAACCAGAAAAUUGGAUUGCCUUACCAUGUGAUUGAGUACCUUGCCAAAAAAAGAAAGCAGAUUCUUGGAUUCCAUACUGGGAAUGAAAUUCAACUCAGGAAGAGAUAUACAUACUGCAAAUAACAUGAAUUUUUUGCAUUCACCUGGGCAACACUCAGGCAUGCCAUAUGAUUUAUAGGUACCUUUUGUUUCCUUCUCAUUCCUGUGCAUAUUCCUAAGAAAUUAUUUUCAGAGAGGCCUGCAACCUCCUGCAGAGGUUGUGUGUUGUUGUUUACUGGCAUAACUGUGAGUCUUUCUUGAAAUCAAAAUUUUGAAUGGUACUCAGAAUGAGCCUUGGGUGAGUUUUGAACUUUGGAAAAUACUUUUGAUUUUAAUGCUUUGAAGGUCUGGAUGGUCUGUGUUGACCUCUAAUGCACGAGGAAUUGUGUUGCACCUGCAAAUUGAACCCAAUCUGGUGCCUAAGUCAUGGCCAUCAGGGUUGGAGUAAAACCUAGUGCUAUUGAAUUUAAACUUGGUAACAGCUGUUGUGUGAAUUGUAGGUCUGGGCCCAUGAGUUUGUAGGCAGUAGCAGGUUCAAACUCUAUAAAAUGAUGUAAAGUGGUACCUGCAGUGCAAGCUGCACUUGACCCUCUCUGUGGAAGCUUUUCCUUUCAAGAGAGGUCUUUGGCAGAUUCAGUGUUCUCCCUUGGGCUGUGUAAAUGUCACUUUUCCCAGGGCUGGGAACCAGCAAAGCCUGAAUUCUGGAGGUACAGCAAAAAUCUCUACUUUUGGGAAUCAGGGAUCAGCUCUGUCAGUUGGGAGGCUUGUUAGAAAUACCCAGCCUCCUUUAGUCCUGGGCCCACACAAGGAAGGGGGAUGGAUGGAUGGAUGGAUGGAUGGAUGGAUGGAUGGAUGGAUGGAUGAUGGAUGCAUGGAUGGGUGGAAGGGUGGAGGAAUGGAUAGAUACAUGGAUUCAUGGAUGGAUGGUGGAUGGAUGAGUGGAGGAAUGGAUGGGUGGAUGGGUGGAGGGAUGGAUGGAUGAUGGAUGAUGGAUGGAUGAGUGGAGGAAUGGACAGAUGGAUGGAUGGAUGCAUGGAUGGAUGGAUGCAUGGAUGGGUGGAUGCAUGGAUGGGUGGAUGGGUGGAAGGGUGGAGGGAUGGAUAGAUGCAUGGAUUCAUGGAUGGAUGAUGGAUGGAUGAGUGGAGGAAUGGACGGAUGGAUGGACGGAUGGGUGGAUGAAUGUCCAGCAGAGCUGAGCAUGAGUUAUGUACUUGCACAGCAUCUAAAUGCAUCCUGUGUCAGUGCAAGUAGCAGCUAUGGAGGAAAGGCACAAAGUGGUGCCAUGGAAACUGGAGGCUGGGUGGACUUUUCCGUUCAGUCAGACACAUUAUAAGCAUAUGAUCUUCAUAAUAUCCACAGUAGUAAUUUCCUGAAAUUCCCUCCGAGGUCGAACUCAAAGGAAUCUGAAACUUAGGCAAAAAAUAUUUGAGUAAAAUUAUGUAAGACUUGUACAGAGCCAGAGAAAUUGAGUUGCAAUUCUUGCACUGACCUCUGGUCAGACUCGUAUUUCCAUUACAGCAAAUUUAUGUGAAUUGUGGAAUGCAUCAAAACAAGAAAAGAGACAUGGGCAGAAAUAGUCUUUUUACUAUAAGGAAUAUAGAUUUUUGAUUUUAUAUGACUGAGCUAGGUCUAUCAAUAAAAGAGGGCCCACUUUUAAGUAAAAUUUAAAUUAAACUGAAUUUUCUGCACUCUAAAUAUUUUAUUAUACUCUAGAUGUGAACAAAAAUUUUAUGAAGUUUAGAUUUUUUUUCAUUAGGGAAAAUUCAGCUCCGUUAUUUUGUAGUUCCAGUCAAAGAACACACACUUUACUCUUUUGAUGGGAGAUCCUUCAGGCAUCUUAACUGAAGUGGUGUACAUUUUCUGUUGGUCUUGAAAAGGCACUUCAUUUUCCCAAAAAAGAUUUUUAUGGGGUAAUGUUGAAUGUAUAUUAAAUACACAUUCCUUUUUGUAUAUUUUGUACCAUUGCACACUUAUUAUUGUACAUUGUAUUUGUUGUCAUGAUGUCAUUUAUAUAUGGUUGUCAAAGAUGAUAUGCUCACAGAGUAAAUGGUUAUGGCUUUGGGAUUUCACUUCUUGAAUAUUUUAUGAUGAGGGGUUUUAUGUUGUUGAUUUUUAUUCAACUAGUGUGCUGUAGCAUCAAAGAUAUCUAUCCAAUGGACAUUCAUAAAAUAAAGUAAAAAUAUAUUUGAAA